GUUUGAUAAAUAUAUAGGUAUUAUUGUACCAUUCGAAGUCUUAAGAUGCUCAAAAUAUUUACCAUAAACUUAUGGAGAACUUCAUCCUGUAUGAGGAGCUUGGAGGAGGCUCCUCUUCUGUUGUCCAUAAAGGACGGAGGAAAGGAAACCUAAACUAUGUAGCCCUCAAAUGCAGCGACAAAGCCAAGAGACCCGAGAUCACAAACCAUGUUCGUCUUAGCCAAGAUGUAGACCACCCCAACGUUGUACGCUUUUAUGAAUGGUAUGAAACCAAAAAGCACUUGUGGCUAGUGACUGAGCUCUGCACAGGUGGUUCCUUAGAGUCUGUGAUAAAGCGGGAUGGAUGUCUUCCUGAGGAUACGGUGAGGAAGUUUGGAUGGGACUUGGUCCAAGGACUGGACCACAUCUACAAGUUAGGAAUCAUUUUCUCUGACUUGACACCUUCUAAGAUUCUUUUAGAUAGUAAUGGCAUUUUAAAGUUAGGGAACUUCUGUCACUCCAAGACUGAGAGCGAAACUCUUGAAGAUUUCUUGUCCUUGUGUUGUGAAGAGGCAGGCGACGAAAAAUAUGAUGACCUGAAAAAAAGGUUUCAAGGCUCAACAGCUUACAUGGCUCCAGAGGUUCUAGAAGGGUCAGAAACUACUGUGAUAUCUGAUCUUUGGGCUCUCGGUUGUAUCCUCUACCACAUGUACACUGGUAGACUGUACUGUGCUGAUAACUACAAUGAAGUGAAUUUACAUCAACAAGCAUCAUUUUCAGUGUCUCCAACCAGUUCUCCCAGUCCAGAGUUCCAAAACCUACUGAGAGGUUUACUCACCCGAGACCCUGAUGCCAGAAUGAAGUGGUCAGAAUUACGCAAACACCAUUUCUGGACUCAAGCACUGAACGAAGAGGAGGAUUUAAAGGAAGUUGAAGAAAAAGCGGACAAAGACGAGCAGUGUGCGGACAGAAUAAAUGGCAGACAGACAGACAGUCUUGAUUCAACCAAAUGGGGACACAAAAGGAUCCCGGAUCCCGUCCAUUUUGGAGACCAGGCUGAUAAAAAUCCUUGCAGCCGAAUGACAAACACCACGCCUGUCCAUAAAUCUUCGGAGAACUCCAUCUUACCACAGACAAAAACUACAAUCACAAGAAGACCAGACAGCUUGAGGAAGACUCAGGGAUCAGACAGGAAGUUGGUAGAGUCCACAACAGGAGAGGAGGAAGCAAAGACAGAAGAUGAAAUAAAGAUGGAUGUGACUCAACAAAUAAGUUCCAAAGACCGGACCUCACUAGAUAAUGCAUUCAAGUUCAAGCCAACGAGUGACUUGGAUGAUGACAACACUGUUUUUCCACUCAGCUCUUGUGCGACUUCGAGAGAAGCCUGCAGCAUAUUUGACUCUCUAAACUGUAGUCCUUCACCGAUCGAUGCCAAGACCGCAACCAGCAAUGACAUCACCUCUUACGUGAAAGCGCUUCUGCAUACUGAAUCAGACCGGACCGUCACACCAGUCCUAGACAAUCCCAAGAUCCUUAAGAGUCCUCCUCUUCGAUUUGACGCUAAAAACCUUGGUGUGUCGGCGUGCACAGUGGAGAAGCUCCUGUCACUUAGUAACCAAGAGUGGAGCGUCUUCAUUCAACAGCUCUCUUCAUCACUUGAAGGACAGAAAACUUCUGCUCCCACUGCAACUCGUACCACACUGAACCUCCUGUGCUACCUUUGCUGUGCGGUUAAACAUAAAGACGUUGCCAACAGGCUCAUCAACUCAAAAGUGCUUCAGGCACUAAACCUACUUCUACGACAAGCCCCUAACUGGGAUGUGCGGAGCUUUGUUGUCAGAGUUAUGGGUUUACUGGCUAUGCAUUGUACUGAACUUGAAGCAAACGGUGCAGUCACUGAGGUGGUGUCUACGCUAUCAGACCUGUUGAGAGAUAACCUAAAGAACAGUCAAGUGAAGAGGUUCCUGCUGCCACCACUCGGGGAGUUCCUCUACCUUAUUGCUUCUCAGGAGGAGAAGAGAGGCUCCCCAGAGGGCCUGUGGUUCGUUCCCGCUGCCGCCUACACUGGCUUAAUGAGGAGCCUGCGGGAAGGGGAUGACUCCAUAGUCCAUCACAUGGCGGCAAAAACCCUUGAGAACAUUAGCACAACAGUCUCCGGGCCGUCACGCUGCCUACUGACCACGGAGUCGGGUUCGGCGCUGUGGUACCUGUUCGCUCACUCCAAUGUAGAGGCUGUCAGAAUCACCGCCAUCUCUGCGCUCUGCAGGCUAACUCACAGGGUCCCUUCCAUCUUUUUGGCAGUGAUUGAGACCUGCGGACCCGCAUCCAUCUUUGAGGCUGUGGGUGGAGCUGGGCCAAGGCUCCAGCAACACCUGCUCACCGCCAUCGCCACCGCGUUGGUCAAUUCACGUAUCCAAACGCAACACGUCACACAGCUCAGCGACUGUGUGUUAAAGGUGCUGCGCUGCCUUGAGAGUCCUUCCACAAUUACCAGAGCCAAAGCGUUUCUACUGCUCUUGAUACUGAUCAAGGACAACACACACGCGCUGCUGUUCUGCUGUCAGCAUAGACUUGUGACGUAUCUGGAGAGAGAUUUACGCAAAGCCACGCCCCUUAAAAAUCACCUCAGUCAAUCGGGAUACCUGGCGCAGUGUCUGGACUUAUUGGCGUAUCAUCUGAGGAGUACUGCACCGCUUCUUUUGGAGGACAUUUUGUGUGCUUUGAGAGGCAUCAUUGGAAGGAGGCACCCUUCCUUAUCUCAGAGUAAACAGCUUAAACGCACUUUGCCUUCGACGUCUAUACUGCUGGCACUUCUUUCAUCACAGACCUUUCGAUCUCAAAUUGUAACAGAGGAGUUUCUGACUCAGAUGGGAUCAUUGCUGGACAGUAUCGCCCAUGUGGAGUCAAACCAAACCAAUCUGGUCAGCACUUUGGGUGCCACGAUGUGUGACGAGUGGAUUAGGACGACAUUGUCCAUUGUGGAGGUGCUGAGUCAGCACAAUGCUCUCAUUAGUCCAUAUGGAAGCACUGUUGUUUAUUCGAUCCUGCGUCCUCUGACAACACUGGUUUUCAGCAGAAAUGCAGAAUGCUCUGCUUUUGCUUUGAGGAUUCAGUCAGAGCUCAGUCUGAUCCUUCUGGUCCAUGACGAUGAUAGCGGAAUGAAUACGAAGAACACAGAAAAGGAGGCAAAAAGCAAAGACCAGAUGACAGCGGAGAAGAAAGAUGAAGAUAGCCCUGCUAAUCAAAUUGUAUCUCUUUUCACCGAAACUCUGCUUCCAAGGUACGAAUCUCUUCUACAAGCAGCAGAGCCCAUCUCGCUCUACGCCCUCAAACUGCUGGUUUCCAUGACUGAGUACAGCACCCAGAUGUGCAGGCUGAUCAAUCACAGCAGAGUCCUUCCAGCAGUGUUUCAGCUCAUUAUGAGCAACAGUAAUACAACUGGUGGGAUGGUGCAGAAUGCAGUCGCCUUGCUGUGUAAUCUCAGUGAAGACUCCGUUUUGGACAUGGAGCCAGAACACCACGAAGGCCUGACUGAGGUUGUCGCGAGCGCCCUCUCAGACGCCGCGAGGGUCCACCUGGACGGCGAAGCUGCCGGGAGGAAGGUCAGCCAUCUUGUUUUGCAAGCCCUGCUGGAAGUACUCCACAACAUCUUGAAACAGACAGCAAAUGUUGUGCGCUCGGCACUGCAGAGCCAGAGGCUAUCUUGUCCAACGGCAGAGACGGAUGCGGCAGAGAAGCUGCUCUUUGCCUUCAGACCUCUGAGCCGACUCAGCACGCACCUCAUUCACAUGGUGCAGAGUAUGGACACCUGUGAUUGGCUGGAAUGUCCUGAAGGGGAGGAACUAGUGAGUCAGCUCCAAGACAUGACCAACUCCUCAUCCAACCGAUAUGACGUGGACGUGGUUCCUUUAGCUGAUGAAAUUCUCCAAAAGAUAUCCAUUUCAUCAACCAUUUAAAUUUUAUCUGGUCUGUAAAGCAUUUCCUUUUUUCCUGUGUGAUCCCGUUAAUUUUGUAACUUUACCCACUUAAAAAGAUAGGACUAGUUAGAAGUUACUGUGACCAGAGAGACAAUUUCAACCCAAAAAGAUGUACUUAAUAAA